AUGACGCAGCCUCCAAAGAAGACCCUUCUGACCAGGGUAAUCGAGGCUGUUUUAAAUCGCCAUGAGGACACCUACCCGCCCAUGGCCGCUCACGCCACUGCUGUGGCAGCACAGAAGAGCGGGAAUAGCAGUUUGGGAAAUAAUGGCGACUUGGAAGGUCAAAGGUGGAAUAUUGGAACCAGCAACCCGGAGACCCUCAUCCCAGCCAACGACAAGCUUCUCAUAUUCCGCGCCUUGACCGGUAUCGACAGUGUUCCCGCCCUCACACAAGGCGGUCAUCUUCUCCGUAGCGCUCCCAAUGUCGGUAUCUACACGCGUGUCAUCAACAACGAAACCCAAGCCGAGCGCGCGUACAACUUCUUCAACUGGAUGAUCAACAUCUGUCUGGGGAUUCAGAUUGUCGUCGCCGCCGCCUUGACAGCUCUCGGUGCCGCAAGUGGUCCCCACGGCGCUAUCACAGCAUUUGGCGCCAUCAACACAGUUAUCGCUGGUAUUCUGACUUAUCUGCGUGGCUCCGGUCUUCCAGACCGCCUGAAGGCCUAUGAGAACAAGUGGAAGCACAUCCGAGAAUAUAUUGAGCAACGUGAGCGUGAAUUCUGUCUGGUCGGGGUUGAUCUCGACGUGCAGGAGGAAGUCUUCAUCGUGGAGAGCAUGUACCAAAGUCUGAAAUCGGAAAUGGAAUCCGCACGGAGUUCUGCGGAUUCCAAUACACAACAGCCAGAUGACCCGAGGAUACGUCGCUCUCUUCUCCCAUCCCAUAACGAACUCAGUGGUCAAAGGCCUUCGACAACCCCGGCGAAACGUUCAACGGCAUUGCACCCGCAAGAUGAACAGCCAGUCGGCCCGAUCACUGUUCCGGAGGCAGUACAUGACAAGGUUUAA